CAUCUAAAACUGACAAGCCAAUAAGCCUCUCUUUCCUACUUUCUCUCUCUCCUUUUUUUCUUUUUUUUGUUUCCCUUAAUUAUUGUUACCUAUAGCCUGUCUGCUGUCUCUAGCGUUCAUCGAACUUGAAUCAUCUCUCUCUUUUCAAUGACUUUCUGUCUGAAAAAUUCGAGAAACAUUAUCAGCAAACUUAAACCAAAGGUUGGUUUGUUGAGUUUAAUGAAGCAGAGCAGUGAUUGUUGUUACAGCUCUUGUCUGAACCACAGCAAUCAUUGCAAUUUCCUUCCAGUGACUGCUACUUCUCCAUUUGUUAAACAACUCAAAAACCCAGAUUCAAAUUCCCAUAAAAAAGGCCGCUUUUUCGUAUUUGAACGUUUUGAAUCGACCACAGCUGAAAAACAGAUUGCUUCUGUCCCAAAUGGUGAAGACAAUCAGGUCUUGAAUUUUCCUGGAGGAAAGGUUAUAUUUUCCCCUGAGAUGAGAUUUCUAUCUGAAUCUCCCAGUUUGCAUGCCCACUGCUACCGAGUGCUUGAUGAUAAUGGUCAGCUAAUUAGGCACAGCAACUUUAUACAGGUCAGUGAGGAUAUUGCUGUUAAAAUGUAUAGCAACAUGGUUACUCUUCAAACUUUGGAUACCAUAUUCUAUGAAGCUCAAAGGCAAGGAAGAAUUUCCUUCUAUGUGACCACAAUUGGAGAAGAAGCCAUCAACAUCGCAUCGGCAGCAGCACUCACUCUAGACGACUUUGUUUUUCCUCAGUACAGGGAGCCUGGAGUUUUAUUAUGGCGUGGUUUCACUCUGCAAGAAUUUGCAAACCAGUGUUUUGGAAACAAAGCUGAUUAUGGGAAAGGCAGACAAAUGCCUAUUCAUUAUGGAUCUAACAAGCAUAAAUACUUUACUGUAUCAUCAACAAUUGCUACACAAAUUCCCCACGCUGUUGGUGCUGCAUAUUCUUUGAAGAUGGACAAAAAAGAUGCAUGUGCUGUCACUUACUUUGGUGAUGGUGGCACAAGUGAGGGAGAUUUUCAUGCUGCUUUGAAUUUUGCGGCAGUUACAGAGGCUCCAGUCAUUUUUAUCUGUCGGAAUAAUGGAUGGGCAAUUAGUACACCUACUUCAGACCAGUUUCGAAGUGAUGGAAUUGCUGUUAGAGGGCAGGCUUAUGGAGUCCGAAGCAUUCGUGUAGAUGGUAAUGAUGUACUUGCCAUUUAUAGUGCAGUUCAUGCUGCACGCAAAAUGGCAGUAAAUGAACACAGGCCAAUUUUAAUUGAAGCUGUUACAUAUCGAGUUGGACACCACUCUACAUCAGAUGAUUCCACCAAGUACCGACCUGCUGAUGAGAUCGAAUGGUGGAGAAUGGCUAGAGACCCUGUAACAAGAUUUAGAAAGUGGAUUGAAAGUAAUGGUUGGUGGAGUAGUGAGGCUGAGUCACAGCUCAGAAGCAGCAUUCGGAAUCAGCUAUUGCAAGCAAUUCAGUUAGCAGAGAAAGUUGAGAAACCUCCAGUUAAGGACUUAUUCACAGAUGUAUACGAUGAUCUUCCACCCAACCUCCGCGAGCAGGAAAAAUUGCUGAGAGAAACCAUCAACAGACACCCGAAAGAUUACCCCGCUGAUGUCCCGCUUUAGGUGAACCAUAUCUACUUGCAAUCAAAUUUUUUUUCUUCUCUGAAGUUUGAACUUGUGAUAGUAAUAUGAAGCCGCCAUAGUAAUCAUAAAUUAUUAGAAUAACAUCUCCACCAUAGUUAUGGAAAGGCAGUGGAAUAUGGUUCAGUGAUGUUAAUUUCAUUUCGGUUUUGAUUGUACUGGCUAAUUCGCUUCAGUUAUGUAAAAAUAUAGUACACUGAAAGGUGGUUUUUUAUACCGGAUUUGGUAUCACGUAAUAUUGAUUGGUUUCAGCUUGUUUUAUCUUUACAUAAAU